AUGUCUCACACAGAAGAAAAAUUCAAAGAGAGUGUGUGGCUUGCAGCAACAGGCAUUGGUACCGUUGUUUGUGCAAGGCAUAACUUCAAGCGACCAUCAGCAAAGAGAGAGAAAUACAUCAAUAUAGACUAUUUGUUCUUUUUGAUAAUGUCACAUUUAAGCAAGAUAGUUAUCAUCAACAUCUCAUAUGACAUCAUAUGGAUGACCAGAAUGGAUAGCAAUAUACCAGAAUGUGGAUGGUCCAACAUAAAUUCUGUGGCUACUAGCACAUGGGAGAUGGGACCUGGUUCGAGGUGUGAUGUCCUUGAUGAUCACUUCGGUGACUGGAACUGGUGGAAGAUGUCUAACUUUGGUGCAAUUCCAUCUGAGAGCCUCACAAUCUGGUGCAUGAUGGUGAAGGAUUAG